AUGUUUGUUCUAGAUAACAACAUGAAGCAAGUGUCUGCUGAUACAGUGACUCUGGAAAUACUCAGAAAAGCCCAAGAAGUGGUCAAAGGCAGCCCCCUGGGUGUGAUACAAACUCCCAUGAUCCCCUGGGCGCAGACCACACUUCCAAUGAGCGUCAACUGCGACAUCCACAUCAAAUUGGAAAACAUGCAGAGAACCGGCUCCUUUAAGAUCCGAGGUGUUGCUCACCAGUUUGCUCAAAGACAAGCAGGAGGUCCUUUUGUCACAAUGUCGGCAGGGAACUAUGGGAAGUCUUUUGCCUAUGCUUCAAAGCAUUAUGGGACUAAGGGGAAAGUGGUGAUGCCAGACACAGCACCAUUAUCACGGUCCAUUUUAAUACAGAGUUUUGGUGUCGAUGUUGAGAGAGUUCCGACUCCCUGUCUGAUGAAUGUGGUGAACCGUUGUGUUCAGGAGGAAAACAUGACAUUUUUGCACUCGUAUGAUGAUCUGGAUCUCAUAGCUGGACAUGCAAGUCUUGGCCUGGAGGUACUGGACGUGCUGCCGGACCCUGAUGUGGUGGUGGUGUGCUGUGGUGGAGGAGGCUUGUUGGCCGCCGUAGCUGCUGCCACUAAACUGUCCGGAUGUGAAAAGACCAAGAUAUACGGUGUAGAGCCAGAGGGAGCCUGUACCAUGUUCCAAAGUUUAAUUGAGAAGAAACCAGUGGGUAUGGAUACAAAGAGUAUAGCAUCAGGACUUGCACCACCAUUUGCGGGUAAAUUGCCCUUUGAGUUAUGCCAGCGUUUUGUGGAGGGGAUUGUCCUUGUGAGCGAUGACGAGAUCAAAUCAGCAGUGUCCACCCUCUACAAAGCAGGGCUGGUGGUGGAGCCUUCUGGAUCGGCUGCAUUUGCUGCUGUUGUCAAUAAUAAAAUUGCAAAUCUGGAAGGAAAGAAAGUGGUCUGUAUUCUCAGUGGAGGCAACAUUGGGAAAGAUGAACUCAUGAAUUUCCCAGACUGA